CACCUGUGUAGACAUCCUCCCGCAAACCCGGGCCCACGCGGGGUCCUUUUGCUGUGCUGUGGGAGGCAGAUGCUUGUUUUUAUUUUCAAUUCAUAAUUUUUAAGCGGUAACUUUCUGCACAGUAAAGAUCGUUUUGCUGAAAUGGAGGAAGUGGACGUGGAGCCCUCUAUUACAGUGAUCCCUGGGGUGGAUUCCAGUCAGAGGCACAUGGGGUUUGUGUGGGGUCCUGGAGAUAUCCUGCUGUACGAGACGCAGCGCAAGGGGACAGGCUCCGGUGAAGCAGGCUGCCCUUUCAUUCACGUGGUCAGGAAGGACGAGGAUAUUUACUCGCCGAUUCUGCGCAAACUCUUCAACGAAUCCCAUCACAUCUUUGUGGGGCUGCAGCAGAGCACGGAGGAGACGUCCAGCAAAACGAAGAGACCGCAGUUUGUCAGCGUUAGUAAGAACUACAGAUCGGUGAUAAGAGCAUGCAUGGAGGAACUACAAGAAGUUGCAGUUUCUACACGUGACGCUGCCUUGUCAGCACAAUACUGCAGCCAAGUUUCAAUUCUACUGGCUGUGGAGCUGAUUUGGAAUCUGUGUGAGGUCCUCUUCAUUGAAGCAGUCCCAGCGGGCUCUCUCCUGCUGCAUCUCUUGGACUGGGUCCGGCUGCACAAAGCUGAUGUGGAUGAGAAGGCUCAGGAGGUCCUGCAGAGCGACAGCCCAGUGAGGCACCACAAGUACUGGGACGUGGUGAGCUCCAACAUCCCUCUGUCUGGCUCUGCCUGCCCCCAGAUGUCUAGAAUCUUCUAUCGUCUAGCUACCACUCUGACCUGAAUGCUUGUCAAGCUUCUUUCUCUUUCU